CGGAAGUAGAUGAAACAUCAACAAACAGUCAGAAUCUUGUGACUAUUUCAAAAUUUAUUUCAUUUUGUUUGAUGCAUGGUGUGUUUUAUUCAUAUUUUCGUAAGAACUCAACGCAAUAACCAUGUUUAGCAGUUCUACAAACUACAAUAAGCUCAAGACAAAUCUCAGACUGACAAUAAACAGGCUGAAGUUGCUUGAGAAAAAAAAGACUGAAAUAGGUCAGAAAGCCAGGAAAGAAAUAGCCGACUACAUUUCUUCAGCUAAGGAUGACCGGGCACGGAUCAGGGUGGAGCACAUCAUCCGGGAAGAUUACAUCGUGGAAGCGAUGGAACUCCUAGAGAUGUACUGUGACCUGCUGCUGGCCAGAUUUGGCCUGGUUCAGACACAAAAGGAACUUGAUCCAGGCUUGGAGGAAGCCAUUUCAAGUCUUAUAUGGGCAGCACCUCGGUUACAGACAGAUGUCCCAGAGAUGAAGACCAUUGCUGACCAACUGACCAUCAAGUAUGGCAAAGAGUUUGGGCAGGCAUGCAGAACAAAUGCCUUGAACAAUGUUAGUGAAAAAGUGAUGCAUAAACUUGGCGUUCAGGCUCCACCAAAAAUAUUGAUUGAGAGAUAUAUGAUUGAAAUAGCUAAAUCAUACAAUGUACCAUUUGAGGCAGAUCCAACAGUGAUGAGUCAGGAUGAGAUAUUUGCUGCAGAGAAUCUUCUGAUUGACCUUGAUGAGAACCGGAAACCCGGGGGAGGAGCUGGUGGAGGGGGUGGGGGCACAGGCAUUCUCCAGCCCUAUCCUGCACAGCCACAGCCUCCUCCACCCAACCAGGGAGCCAUGUACUAUCCACCUCCCCAGCAACAGUAUCCUUCAGAAGGUUACAAGUCUGCCCCUCCACCUGUGCCCAACACGCCACCCUCUGGCUACGCAGGCUACCCCCCUGGUGGCGCAUCUGGAGGCCUAUCCCCCUCAGCCCCUGCUGGUGGUCAGGAACACUCGCCUCCACCUCCUUACACAUCCUCUCAUACCAGUCCUAUGCCCUCCCAGAACAAUAUGGACAGUUUCCCUGACCUGCCUGCUGUGCCCAACAGUACCCUGCCCGACCCCCCUGGGGCAUCAUCCGCGGGGGGUGAGGACGUCGACUUUGAUGACCUGUCGCGCAGGUUUGAGGAGUUAAAGAGGAAAAAGUAGACAGCAUACAUAAGACAUAGACUUGCAUGUGUAUGGUUGAUGAUUUAGGAUAUAAUAACAUCAUGUGCAGUACUUGAUAUGUAUUUCUUUUAGUGCACUGUGUUUGUGAAUUUUGAUGAGACACCACAGUGAUUUGUACUUCAAAUGAGCAUAUACAUUGGUAAUUAGUGAUGAUUUUGAUCUUGUAUACAUAUUUAAUAUAAGAAUGAGAGUGUGAUUCUAUUAUAUCACUGGUAUGGUAAUCUCUGCCAUACUUGAUAAAACAUUGAUCAGUGACAACAUUAGAAAUCUUUCUUGGUUUUGUAAAGCUCAAUUACACUGGUUUUAGUAAUAUUGAAAAAAGCACUGAACUGAUGUACCGUAUUUAGAUGUUUCAUGAUUUUAAAGAGGGUCUAAAAGUGUUGAUUUUUGCAGAGCAAUCAUUGUGUAUUAUCUAUUCAUCAUUUGAUUGAAAGCCUAUUACUAUUAUUACUAUUCAAAAAAUUGUUUUAGGGAAAAGUCAGUAAAUUAGUCAGAAUCUGUUCUUUAAUGUUUAAAUAUUGUAUAAUAAACUGUUUUUUUUCUUCA